AUGGCCGACUCUGCCGGUCUGCGCACCCGGAGUGCCGCAAAGAGGGAUGCCGCCGCCUCGGCCGCUCCCUCGGCCGCUCAGAAGCAGGCCGCCGUCGAGGACGAGGCAGAGCACCGCGCCAACAAGGACUACGUCCCCAAGCACUCGUACCUCCACGUCGACAUGAAGGACGAGCAGAUCAUGGGCGGCGGAAAGCAGAACACCAUGAUCAAGUACACGCCCGGCAUCGUCAUCACGGAAAAGGGCCGCGAAAAGGACAAGAAGCUCGACGAGCACUACGAGUACGAGUUCGGCGGACCCGUAGGCGUCACGGCCAUGAUGACCCUCUUCCCGCUCCUCAUGUACUACCUCUGGAUCUGCCUCUGGUUCUACGACGGCAAGCUCGUCAUUCCCAACGGCAUCGACGACAUCGGCCCAUUCUUCCAGAGGAUGGGCGCCCACGUCUACCACGACGCCUACCCGACCAAGCGCGCCUUUGCCGGCUACGGCGGCCUGAUGGUCUUCCAGUUCCUCCUCGCCGUCGUCAUGCCCGGCUACUGGCAGGAGGGCCUGCCCGUGCCCUCGCUCAACUACAAGACGCUGAUGUACAAGUGCAACGCCCUCUCGUCGUUCUACGCCACCCUCAUCGUCUGCGCCGGCCUCCACCUGUCGGGCACCUACCGCCUGACGACCAUCAUCGAGCACUUUGGCGAGUACAUGACCGUCUCGAUGAUCGCCGGCUACGCCGUCAGCGCCGCCACCUACUUCCACGCCGUCCUCACCAACCAGGCGCACCGUAUGAGCGGCAACUUUGCCUACGACUUUUUCAUGGGCGCCGCCCUCAACCCGCGCAUCGGCAACGUCGACCUCAAGAUGUGGGCCGAGGUCCGCAUCCCCUGGGUCCUCCUCUUCCUCAUCAGCGUCAGCGGCGCGUGCAAGCAGUACGAGGUCUACGGCUACGUGACGCCCAACAUGGCCUUUAUGGUGCUCGCCACCGGCCUCUACAUCAACGCCUGCGCAAAGGGCGAGGAGUGCAUCCCGCAGACGUGGGACAUGUUCCACGAAAAGUGGGGCUUCAUGGUCAUCUUCUGGAACUUUGCCGGCGUCCCCUUCACCUACUGCUACAGCAUCGUCUACAUGGCCGCCCACCCGCCGCACUACUACAAGUUCAGCACGCCGACCUACGUCUUCAUGUACUCACUGCUCAUCUUUGCCCACUGGGUCUUUGACAGCUCCAUGGCCCAGAAGUCGCGCUUCCGCAUGCACCUCCAGGGCACCUACGCCGUCCGCUGGACCUUCCCGCAGUGGCCCUGGUCGACGCUCGAGAACCCGCGCUACCUGCAGACCGAGCACGGCAACGCCCUCCUCAUCGACGGCUGGUGGCAGUUCCUCCGCAAGCCAAACUACACCGCCGACUGGACCCAGUCGUUCCUGUGGGGCGCCAUUGCCGGCUUCAACUCCGUCAUCCCCUACUACUACUGCCUAUUUUUCCUCGCCGUCCUCACCCACCGCUGCGGCCGCGACUUUGAGCGCUGCGAGCGCAAGUACGGCAAGGACUGGGACAAGUACUGCUCCAUCGUCCGAUACCGCUUCAUCCCCUUUGUGUAUUGA